AUGAAUAAUACAACCGAAUUGAAUACCUGUUCGAAUCAAUACCAUGAACGAAGCAAAGAUACACUAAGAACCAGAGAAAAACGUGCGCUGUAUAUGGUUCAAUUGCGAGGCGAAAGAGAUUCCGAAUAUCGUCGAAUUGAACGCGAAAAUAACGCUCGUGCUAUGCGAAGAAAACGUUUGGAGGAUCCACUUUAUCGAGAAAACGAACGACAACGAAAUCGUGCACGUAUGGCGACAAUUCGUCGGGAAAAUUCACUCUAUCGCCAACAAGAACACUUGAAAAAUCGUCAUCGGAUGGCAUCAAAACGUCACUCAUUACCACAACCAGCUAAAACCAAUUCCAUCUAA